CACAGGUUUACGGAGGAGGAACCAUUUUACCCUUCCCGUAGGCUGACUCUCCUGGCCGAUUAUUUCCCAUUUUUGCCGAAUUCUACUAUGGGAAGGCUACCCGGAUUACGUGGAUCGGCAGAUUUUCAUAGAACGAGUCAACAACUGUCUUCAUCUGCAUGAGUAACUAGCAAACGUUUGGCGUCAGGAACUACAAUGAGUCAGGACUACGUGUAAGACAUCACGACGAUUGGGCAUAGCUAGACAAAAAAAAACCUGAUCAGUCAUUGAACUCAGCUGGAAAGGCGACCAUAUGUGAUAUCAUCAUAUCUUGUCGUGAUGUUGUACAGGACCUGCCGACUAGCCUCAAACAGCACCCGAUUGAUGAUAAGGCCUUAGGAACUGGCAAGAAUUACACCUACGUGUGAGACAGCAGGAAGACAGAAGACAAAACUUGACCAGUCACUCAACUCAUCGCUCUGAACUCCACGACCAUACGUGGCAUACGACCAGUAUACACCCACAGCUUUAUACCAUACGAUGCCUAACCACCGCAAACGGUCUCUCUCGUUGUCAGGAAACCUCCACUCUCGAAGGACCAGCCGUUUAACCUACGUGUUCUCCACCUGCCUGAUCUUCACCGUGUACAACUGGCUGACCAUGGACGGGACCUACACCAUCACCAUCCGCCUCAGGCCGCUGAUGCCCUGGGCAGCUCACUCCGGCAGGAGGCUGCAGUACCUCAUCGCAGAUGACGGCAAUCGAACAAAUAACACAGCGACGAAGCUACACCAGGAAUCAGCCAUGACCACCCCGUUCCCUGACGCGUCCACGGCGGGGUUUCCUGAGGAGAUAGACUCUAUCCUCAUCAACAGCACCAGACAGCUCCAACCCUCACAGGAGAUUCUCUCCCUACUAGACACGAUAGACGACAACUGGGCGUUUCGUCCGGAAGCUUCAGAAAGACUAAGGUCACAGUUAGAGAAGACAGCUGACACAGUCAACACUUUCGUACUGCACAAGAACUCCACGACAAGUAACGGCACCAUAGGCUUCACGUCUGUACCGGGGCUCUACAGAAUAACGCCGUCGGUGUACAACAGGCAGCCAAUGGACACGCCGUUCCAGUACAAGCAGUACAAAUCCUGUAGUAUCGUUGGAAGUAGCGGCAUUCUUGGGGGUAGUAACUGUGGAGACAAUAUCAACAGUGCAGAUUUUGUUAUAAGGUUUAACAUGCCGGCUGUCACGGACGAGUUCAAAGACGACGUGGGGACACGAACACAUCUGGUCACGUGCAAUGGAGACACGCUGCAUUACAAAUUUAAAGACAUCCGCAGCACGCACUGGCUGCGGUUGUUCCGUAACUACGUGCUAGACAACAGGUACGGGAGGAGUCUGAUCUUCACCGCGCCCUUCAACACCAGGUUCCAUCUCCAGAGGCUUCUCUGGUUCCAGUCUGUCGUGCCAAAGUCAAGGUUAAUCAUCUUUUUUUUUCAUUUGCUUAACUGUUUUAGAGUAUCAAAAUUCUACUAAAGCCACA